UUGGUCAAUAUAGCUACAUCUUAAAAUACAAACAAAAGACUAGAUAUGCUAUAUUUAUUCAUAUUUACACAUCUUCAUGUGUUGUGUCAACACUUUAAACGGUAGCUCUUGUUAGCAAUGCUAAGCUAGAAUAGUUAAAGAAGGUUCUAGCAGCAGGACUGAAGUGUUGCAGUCCAGAUUAUCACAGCAGUAGUCAUGGUCCAGCUUCACGUUAAACGCGGAGAUGAGAGCCAGUUUCUGUUCAACACUACGGUGGAUGUUUCCACUGAGACACUCAGUCAGCAGGUCGCUCAGGUCUACAAUGGGAGGCUGAAGGUGGACAGGAUUUGCUCUGAGAUUCCUGAGCUUGCAGAUCACGGCAUCACGCUUCCCCCCAACAUGCAAGGCCUGACAGACGACCAGAUCACAGACCUGAAGUUAAGGGAUGAAUGGGAAGACAAGUGCAUCCCCAGCGGCGGGGCAGAGUUCAAAAAGGACGAACUUGGACGCAGGAAUGGACACGCACCCAAUGAAAAAAUGAAGAAUGUUUUGAAGAAGACUAUGGAAGAAGCCAAAGCAUUGAUCUCAAAAAAACAAGUGCAGGCGAACGUGUGUGUUACCAUGGAAAUGGUAAACGAGGCUCUGGACCAGUUGCGGGGAGCAGUGAUGAUCGUUUACCCAAUGGGCCUGCCGCCUCAUGAUCCUAUCAGAAUGGAGUUGGAAAAUCAAGAAGAUCUUGCAGGAACACAGGCUUCUCUACAGGUGAUCCCAGAGGAAGAAGCUCAGCUAUGGUGGGCAGGGAAAGAGUUGCAUCGGGACAAAAAACUACAAGAUUACACUGGAAAAAAUGAGAAAACAAAGAUUGUUGUGAAGAUCCAGAAGAGAGGCCAGGGGGCGCCAGCACGGGAGCCUCCGGUCAGUGAGGAGGAGCACAAACAGAUGUUGAUGCACUAUUACAGGAGGCAGGAGGAACUCAAGAAGCUGGAUGAAACAGAGGAUGAUUCCUAUUUGCAGUCAGAGUGGGCAGACAGGCAGGCUUUAAAAAGACAGUUUCAAGGACUUACAAAUAUCAAAUGGGGCCCAAGAUAAAUGGAUCUUAACUGACUUUAACUCAGAGACGGAUUUGCAAAUAUUGAUGCCUUGCCUGGCUACCUGUGGUGGACAAAAUAUAGAAUCUUCCAACUCCUCCCUUUUUUUAAACAGAUUCAUGAGUUUGUAAACACAGCUUGUGAUGACUGACUGUCAUUAAAUGUAAAUUGCAAUAUUUUGAUACUAAUUGAACAUCUCUGAGCUCCACCAUCAAGAACACGGAGAAAGAAGGAUGCAACACCUUUCCUGUCUUUGUCUUUGAUCCUUCCACUGGCUUCACUGAAAGCCAGUGCCAUUUACUGGCAGGAAGUUGCAUCACAGGCCUCGAGGAUACAGAGGUCAUCCAAGGAGUGUACGCAAAAGGAAAACGGCUUCGGUCCCUUUAGGCUAAAGGAACAGCUGUGGGAUGGUGAAGUUCAGUGGUGCUCUCUACAAAACAUUUCUCUGUUGUAACUUUUAUUGUAACUCCCUUUUAGUUCAAAGCAAAUGAUCAUUUUCUUUGGGUAUUGGUUUUAAAGCUGAUAACUAUUAAAGCCUUACAGUGUUUAAUAAA